AUGUGCUUGAAGAGGAAGGUUUUGGAACAAUGUGUGCUUCCGGUUCUAACAUAUAAAGCAGAAACAUUGACUCUAACCAGAAAAGUUCUAAACAAAAUCCAAGUGGCUCAGAUGGUGGGAUCAAUGUUGAAUAUAUCCCUCAGAAUCAGAAACAAAGUUUUCAAUCAUAUCAUCAGGGAAAAAACCGGGGUUAUGGACGCAGUUGAAAGAAUUACAACACUGAAAUGGACCUGGGCAGUUCAUGUUGCCACAGUCAGAGAUGUGAGAUGGACUAGGAAAAUACCAGAAUACACGAUGUGUAUUGUAACCGAGGAUAUGGCUAUGAACGACACAAGUUUCUAUGUCCAUCCAGUCUCUCUGAAUAUUUUUAUCCAGAAAUAUUUGUUGUUUGGUGAUUCAAAGGAGAUGAAACCACCUGUCCAAGAUUUGUGCUAUAGUAAUUCAGUAUCGUACGCUGCAGAAACAUGGAGCCUUAAUGAGGGUACCAUGAAAUGUCUAAGGAUUGCCCAAAGGAAAAUGGAGAGAAAAAUGCUAGGAAUUCGACUACAAGACCGAAAGAAUAUAUUGGAUAAGGCAAAAGACAAAAGUUAUAGACUACUGAGAACAAAUGAUAAUAGAUGGACCAGAAAGACAACUGAGUGGAGGCUUAGAACAACUAAAAAGAACCUAGGACGGCCAAGAACGAGGUGGAAAGAUAGCAUCCAGAGACUGGCGGGUACCCAAUGGAUUAUCAACAAAAGCGAAUGGAGACGAAUUGGAGAAGCUUGUCCAGAGAUGGACCGAAAGAAGCUGAAGAUGAUGAUGAUGAAUUCAGUAUCGGAAUUAAAUUGAUAUAGGCAUGACCUACAUGAACAAUUCCUAAAAGUAUACCCAGAAUUAAGAGAAAGAGUCACAGAACAACGACUCAUCGAUCAAAAACGAAUAAUAAUGAAAAACAAACGGUUCACUCAGUUAGAACUAGAACAAAUAAAAAAACAAGUUGCUGAAGAAAUAUCUGCCAUGGAGACAAUACCAGCAUCAGAAAUAGAAGAUCCCGAACUAGAAACGAGCCUGAAAAGUGAAACAACUACAACCAAUCCUAUCACGAAACAACCAAGCUAA